UUCCCCCGACUAGCUACCCCCGACAAAGGCGCUGCCUUGGUCAUGGCUCACUGCCCUGCCGGCUGGUAACCUGUCCAGCGUCCUUGUCCUCUCUGUCUGCCUGCCAACACGGCUUUUCCCGAUCCCCUCACAGCUGGGUUGAUUCGUGUUUGUGAACGUAUUGGAUGCUUGUGUGGCGUAGGACCGUUUUCGCGCGAUGAACGAGGCAAGUCUCCUUCGGGCCCUGCGGCAGUACCGGAAGGUUCGAGGGCCGGACUUUCACCAGCCUGCCACAAGGAGUAACCAGGGCAAGAUAGAGAACGGAGAUGGCGGCGUAGAGAAGCGACAACCGCUCACGAAAGAAGAGAGGGCGCAUGCAGAAAAGGCAUUGGCGGCGGCAGCGGCGGCAGGGGGUGGCGGCGUGGAAAGCGCACACACUCAGCAGGCAUUACCGGAGAGUGAUACAGGGGCGGGAGCAGAUGCAGACAAUACGAGACCAGACCUUAUCGAUCCGGUCGACUUUUGGAAGGAGUUCGAUGCCUGGGUGGACGCGAAGUACCCCGGCGACAGAGGGAGUUCAACGAAGGUCAAGGUGGCCUUCCGAAAGCAACAUCGGGCGUUCGUCUCCAAGCUUAACCUCGAAGACAUUGAAGAGAUAGCGCAAGCCAUGCAGUAAUAUUCGAGACCCCAAGGGCUCGGUUGUAGUGCACCGCACAGCCCCCGGGACCUCGCUAGGAUCGCCGGGGGGGGAAGGGGGGGGGGCGACGGCUUCUCACUUGUAUUUUUGCCGGACGCGUACCCAGAUGGCGGUAUUGUGAUUCUGCGUAUUCCUUUUUGUGUCCCGUUGUACUUUUUUAUUGUCCAGGACGUUUUUGUCUAGAGGGUGACCGCGCCCAUUUGUUUGCCCAAGAAGCUCAACGAGAUCAUUUCUGUGCCACAAAACUGAUUAUGUCGCCUGGCGUGGAAGACGAGGGUCCUCUCGCAAAGUCGCCUGGGUACGAGGUCUAAGCAAGGGGGGCGAGCCGUGUGUGCGUUGAGUUGAGUCGGCGGUUUAGGCGCAAGUUUUUGUAGCGGCUUUUUGUGGCACCGUUGGCUUAGGUUGAGCGCAAUUGCUGCUUGCAGGUAUGUCGGCGCCAGAGAGCGGCUCUUCUCUGAACGUAUCUCCCUCGUGCUUUGCGGCGCUGGUGUGAUGGUGUUUUCGUGUCCCCGUUUGUGUUCCUUUGUGAUUCUGCGGAGCUGUGGUACGCUUGAGGCUAGGUUCGUGAUUUGUGCUACGGUGGCGGUCUUACUUGACUUGCCGUCUUUUUUGGCAACCAACCUGUCCAAAUAUCAAUUUUGGUGAUUUGGUACCACGAGACAAGUAGCCGGACUUAUUUCUUGCGCAGAUACUCCCCCUCCGGGUCCGUGGGAACAAUGCUCUGUCCUUUCGAGGACGCGCGGGCAGUGAGAUACCAACUCUAGGCACGCAGUACAUGAGUAUGCCCCCCCGUCUGUGGUGUAGGGGAUAGUUCGCGAAGCUCGGUCGCCCUUGCAGAGUCAGGAUUUAGUUGUCCUCCACACAAUGUACGGCACCCGAGCCACACGUCCUCAUACACACUAUUGUGCUGACUGUAGGCGCUGGUUGAACACGGGCCUCUGGAUGGCGUCACUGAACGAUUUUUAAUUUUCACUAUCCGCAAACUUCCUUGAAAUAGAAUGAAAUAGCUUGCUCGUAUUUUCUGAGGUCUUCGUAGCUAGGCAGGACUAGAACGUGCGCAAGAUUCUGGCCAUAGUCACGCAUUGCCGCAAGAUUCAGGUUGAAAGAAAACUGCCAGCGCGGCAUCAUUUUCGCGGUUAAAUCACGGCCACCGCACCACGACCACUACCGGAUGAGCCCAAGCGCCGCCAUCUUCUGGACCACGAUAAGCUGAAGCGGCCGGAAAUACCACCGAUGAUUGGCGAAGGCGAUGGAAUUCCCAUGACAGUGCGAAUAGGCACGCGUGAAAAAGCCGACGUGGCAGGAGGGAACCAAAAGCAGACAAACCG